AUGCGCCUGCCAUUGGAGCGCUCUCCAGCGGCUCUCCGGCUGAGCGGGGCAGAGGGGAAGGGAGUCGCCGGGGUCUGCUCCAGCAGCGGGGGAGAGAUGGCUGGGGAGAACCAGCACCAGACCCUCCGGAAGAGCAUCGCCGCCCAGCCGCCCGCAGCGCCGCCCCGGCCGCCCAGGAGCAACAGCUCCGAGCGAGUGACUCUGAAGAAGGAGAUCGGGCUCGUCAGCGCCUGUGCCAUCAUCAUAGGUAACAUUAUUGGUUCUGGAAUCUUUAUUUCACCAAAAGGAGUUCUGGAACACUCUGGGUCAGUGGGACUAGCUCUUGUUGUUUGGGUGCUUGGAGGAGGAAUUGCUGUCCUUGGAUCUUUAUGUUAUGCUGAGCUAGGAGUUGCUAUCCCGAAAUCAGGAGGGGAUUAUUCCUAUGUCACGGAGAUUUUUGGUGGGUUAGCUGGUUUUUUGCUGCUAUGGAGUGCAGUGCUUAUCAUGUACCCUACCAGCCUGGCUGUUAUCGCACUGACAUUUUCAAACUAUGUUCUACAACCGGUGUUCCCUAAUUGCAUCCCACCUUAUAAUGCCUCCAGGGUCCUCUCCACGGUGUGUUUAUUACUCCUGACUUGGGUGAACAGCUCCAGCGUUCGAUGGGCAACUCGCAUCCAGGAUAUAUUUACAGCAGGAAAACUGUUAGCCUUGGCCCUUAUCAUUACUAUGGGCUUCAUACAGAUCUUUAAAGGAAACUAUGAAGAACUGACACCAAGCAAUGCAUUCAAUUUUUGGAUGUCUCCAUCUGUGGGACAGUUAGCAUUAGCUUUUCUUCAAGGGUCAUUUGCAUUCAGUGGGUGGAACUUCUUGAAUUAUGUAACAGAAGAAUUAGUUGAUCCCCGCAGGAACCUACCUCGUGCCAUAUUCAUAUCCAUCCCAUUGGUGACAUUUGUGUAUACAUUCACCAAUAUUGCAUAUUUCACUGCCAUGUCACCUCAAGAGCUCUUGUCCUCCAAUGCUGUGGCAGUAACAUUUGGUGAAAAGUUACUGGGCUAUUUUUCCUGGGUUAUGCCAGUCUCAGUGGCCUUAUCUACAUUUGGAGGAAUAAAUGGAUACCUUUUUACCUCAUCAAGGUUAUGUUUUUCUGGAGCUCGUGAAGGUCACUUGCCCAGCUUGCUUGCUAUGAUUCACGUUAAACACUGCACCCCAAUCCCUGCCCUUCUAGUGUGUUGUUUGACCACUAUUAUCAUCAUGCUUGUUGGAGACACGUACACAUUAAUUAAUUACGUAUCGUUUAUUAACUACCUCUGCUAUGGAGUGACAAUCAUAGGCCUGAUUGUGUUGCGCUGGAAGAAACCCAAAAUCUUCAGACCUAUCAAGGUGAAUCUCCUUGUUCCAGUCACUUACCUGCUAUUUUGGGCAUUUCUACUGAUCUUCAGUUUCUAUUCUGAGCCAGUUGUCUGUGGAAUUGGACUAAUUAUCAUAUUAACUGGAGUGCCCGUGUUUUUUCUCGGAGUGUACUGGAGAAAUAAACCAAAGUGUGUAAAUAGGCUAGCUGAAGCCAUGACAUACUGGGGACAGAAGUUGUGUUUCGUCGUCCACCCUCAGGAGGGAGCUCCAGAAGAGGAUGAUCUGCCUUUCACUCAUUCUCAGCUACCAGGAAGUGAAAAGUCCUUGAAGAAACAGUGAAAAGUCCUUGAAGAAAUAAUGAAGCAAUAAUGAGACAGAAGUAGUUUUUUGUUUACAUGUUGAUUUUUGCAAAAAGUUUUUCUUGAAAAAAAAAAAUGUUUUUAGAAAUUGGAUACAGAAGCCCAUGAAAUGAGCUACACUUUUACAACAGGCCUUAGUGCUUAGCUUUUCCUAAAAAAAAUAAAAUAAGGAGCUGGUUAUUUAUUUCUGACAGUGUAUUUCAGUCAGCAAGGAAGUUUAGUGCAGGUACAGUAAGCUAAGUUCUUCAUCACCGAUUCCAGCAGCCUUAAGGAUUAAUCUGGAAAUUUCAAGAUUGGGGCCUCCUCCAAUAGUGAAAAUAAAAUGGGAAAAGUUAAUGGAAUAGGGGAAGCUUAUGGUCCUACUCAUGCUCCCACUGGAGUCAGUGACAAAACUCUAAUUGAUUUCACUGGCACAGGAUCAGACCCCACAUGACCCAUGUAGUUUUCAAAUUACAAUCUAAAAAACUCAAUUGUGCGAACACUUCUGCACGUGAAUAACUUUACCCGAGAGCAAAGUUACACGUAAGCCUAUGUAUUCGCAAGUUUGGGUAUUAAAAUUGUGACUGUUGUUAGUGUGAACAGUAAGGGUAUGUCUACACAUCAAAGAAAAACCCACUGCUGCGGUUCGUGGGGCUCGGCUCGGGCUUGUGGGGCUGUUUCAUUGCUGUGUACAGGGCCGGCUCCACGGUUUUG